AUGUUUUCUUCGUUGCCGAACGAGAAAUAUUUUUCCUUCAUAAAGGAGGAUUUCUUCACGUGGCAGCAAUCUGAGCAGUUCGAUCUCAUUUUCGACUCCAACUUCUUCUGUGCAAUAAAACCGCACAUGAGGCCGAUGUGGGCGCGACGCAUGAAAGAACUUCUGAAGCCAGACGGAGAGCUUAUAACACUCAUGUUUAUGGCUGAUGGCCAAGCUGGAGGACCUCCAUAUAAAGUAUCUGCAUCCGACUACAGGGCCGUUCUGAUUCCAUUAGGGUUCGAAGCAGUAUCCAUUGUGGACAAUGAACUCGCUCUUGAACCACGCAAGGGACUGGAGAAGCUUGGGAGGUGGAAGAUCAGAAUGGGCUUUGAAAGUUGAAGAGAACAUCUUCGGCACACGUCGUGCAUGCAUGUGAAGAAUAUCUACGUAAUUAUAUGUAAUAACGUACGUACGUUUGGAAUGUGAUAUGGACCUUACGUGCUCGGACCGAACUGGAUAGGCUCGGUCCGGAUUAAUAUAUGAUAACAUUUAAUAUAUACGUACUACUACCGAAUAAAAUAAGGAUGAAUAAUUAUGUACAUCGUGUAAUCGAUCAAAAUGGUGAAAUAAACAUUACGUGUUGUGAAUC